AUGAAAGAAUUGACAGUUGAUUAUAAAAAUGAGUACGAGUUGAAGGGAAUGUCAAUUUCUAAAAUAUUUAUUCAACGUCGCCUUGAUUAUUCUUCAGAUAAUCCAUUUAAUCAAAAAAUUCGAGAAAACCAAGAUGAUCAUGUUACGAUCGAAAAUGUUAAUGAGGAGAAUGAAUGGUAUCAUUUCAAUAAUGUAAAUGAAUCUGAUGAUGGUGGCAGCGGUGGAGAAACAAAUACAUCCUCUUUAUUAUCACAUAAUAAUAUAGUAAAAGUUGAAUGCAAAUUUGAUGAUGAAGAUUCUGAAGGGGAGGAACUGGAAUCUAUCAUUAAUGCAUUAUCAUCAUCAUCAACAACGACGAAAUACAAUGAAGCCAUCGCAAAAAGUAGAAUGAAACCGUAUAGACUAUGGAGUGAAAUCGAAGGAUGUUUAUGUACUAAUCGACCUAAUAGAAUUGACGAUGCCAUUUGCGACCUGAAACGCUUUGAUCAAGAUGAAAUCGAUUUCGGUAAAUUGACCGAUGAAUUUGAUGAAUUUACUCACACCAACAAUAAUAGUAACGGAUCUAAUGGAAUUACCGUAGCACAAUAUAAUGUUGGUGAGUGCUAUAAGGAUGGAUUAAGAAUAGCAGAAGAAGUUCAAGGGCUCCAAUUGCAUUUAAAAAGCGUUCUUACUGGAAAUAUUCUGCAAUAA